AUGAGGAACUUCAUUGCCCUCGCUGCCUUUGCUGCCGGCACCAACGCCCUCGUUGGCCGUACCGAUAGUUGCUGCUUCCACCUCACCUCUUCUGGCGGUGCUGCCGGUAAACUUGGCCAGCUGGGUGAUGGCCAGAACCGCAUUGGCGACAAUACUCUGCAGCCCGCACAGUACUGCAUCGAUUCCAACGGCGCUAUCACUGACUCUAGUGGGCGUGGAUGUAUCCUCACCCCUCCCACCACGCAACUGCAGUGUGACGAUGGUGUGUCUGCUACACCCGGUUUCUCUGUCAACUCACAGGGUAAACUUGAGUACCACGGCAGCCCCGACUUCGUUGCCUGUGCCACCGGCCAAAAUGGUGGACUGAAUGUCUAUACUACCCCUAACAAGCUGGAUGUCACUGGCUGCGUGAACAUACAGAUGUCUGCCGACACUUGCUCGAACUCAGGCGCUGGUGGUGGCAAUGGCGCCCCUUCUGCUGGUGCACCCCAUCCAUCUAGCGUGCCGCCUGCCCCAGCUCCUCAGUCCAGCCCUACUGGUGCUGGCCCUGGCCCUGGCCCUGGUGCUGGCGGACCCGGUCCUGUUGCCCCUGGAGCCGGUGGCCCUGGCGCUGGUGGCCCUGGAGCUGGUGGGCCCGGUGCUGGAGGUGGAGCUGGCGGACCUGGAGCCGGUGGCCCUGGCGCUGGUGGCCCUGGAGCUGGUGGACCUGGAGCUGGCGGCCCUGGAGCUGGUGGGCCCGGUGCUGGUGGGCCCGGUGCUGGAGGUGGAGCUGGCGGACCUGGAGCUGGAGGACCCGGUCCUGUUGCCCCUGGUCCCGCUGGCCCUGGAGCUGGUGGGCCCGGUGCUGGAGGUGGAGCUGGCGGACCUGGAGCUGGUGGCCCUGGAGCUGGCGGCCCUGGUGCUGGAGGACCCGGUCCUGUUGCCCCUGGCCCCGCUGGCCCUGGAGCUGGUGGGCCCGGUGCUGGAGGUGGAGCUGGCGGACCUGGUGCUGGAGGUGGUCCUGGUCCUGCCCCCGGCCCCGCAACCGGCACUAAAACUGUCACUAUCACUGUCACUGACUGUAGCUGCCCUACUUCAGGUGUCCCUGGUGGCCCCGGGGCCCCUGGUCCUGCCCCUGGUCCUGCCCCUGGCGGCGGCGGGGUUGUUGGAGGCGGUGGUGGUGGGCCGCAGCCCUCUCCUAGCGUGCCUGCUCCAUCUGGCGGUGCUGGUGUCAAGCCUCUUGGUCCACAGCCUGUCCCCGGCGGCGGAGGCGGCGGCGCUCCUCAGCCUGGUGCCUCACCUAGUGCACCUGCUCCCGGCGGCGGCGGUGGUGGUGCUUCCCAACCCGGUGCCUCUCCUAGUGCGCCUGCUCCAUCUGGUGGUGCUGGCACCAAGCCUUCUGGUACACAGCCUGCCCCAGGCGGUGGCGGUGGUACACCCCCGAGUGCACAUACUCCCGGUGGCGGAGGCGGCGGUGCUACGCAGCCCGGUGCCUCUCCUAGUGUGUCCGCUCCAGGAGGCGGCGGUGCCACGCAGCCUGGUGCCUCAGGUAGUGUUCCCGCUACUGGCGGCGGCGGUGGUGGCAUCUCCAUUAGUGUGCCUCCUAUCUCCCUCAGUGGUGGCCCCCGCCCAACCAGCUCUGCCAGCGCAUCCGUCCCAGCUAGCUCUGCGACUUCCAAGCCCCCAGCCACUGGUACAUCUGGCGGUUCUUGUCCCACUGACCUCUCGGGUAACUACGAAAUUCCUCACCUUAUCAUCCCGGUCGAUUCUUCCUCGCCUAGCACUACCGCGGGAACUGGGUUUAACGGUACCGUGAGCUCGACUACCUCGACCUUAUUCAACUUCGACAUCCCGGCCGCGGACGCUGGCAAGACCUGCAGCCUGAUCUUCCUCUUCCCUAAACUUGAGGAUCUCGAGACCUCGUCUUAUAGCUUCAGCGGUGAUGGAAAGAUUGACUUUGCUAAGCUUUCUUCCACUGCUGAUUCUUCGACAAACUUCGGCAACAUGCCCUCGGUGUCCCAGGACCUCGGAACUAUCACUGUCGCCCCCGGUAACUCAUACCUUGUCUCUACAUUCUCUUGCCCGGCUGGCCAGGCUGUCGCCUACGAGAUGAAGAAUGCUGGCACCACCCACUUCAACUUCUUCGAAGACUGGAACCCAUCCCCGCUUGGUCUGUACAUCACCACUUGCUAA